AUGGAUAUCUACUUCGUUGAUAACGCAAGGCAAGACGAAAUUGAAACAUUUUAUGAGGCAUGCCAGCGACAUAGAGAUUACUACCGAGGUUACACAAAAGCCCAUCAUCCCCUGUUAUACUUUAAAGAACCAGAAUAUUUGUGGCAAUGUCCGCCUGAUAUGACGCCAACAUAUCUAUCGUUCCCAAUGUACCAUGUUAAAUACAAGCAGCCUCUAGUACUGCCGAGUGACGCGGGACGGACGAGUGGCUUCCCCUCACUCCCUGAUCGCACUCUCGCAGGACGUUACAAUAAGGCGGCCUGCAAAGCUUUUGUACGA